AUGACCGUGACACAACGCAAGGCCCAAACCAAUCACGAUCAAACCAACCAUGAUGAUAUUGCUCUUCACGAACCUGGCGGAGAAUACCAUUGUGAUUCUUGCUCAAGCGAUCUGACACACGCUAUCCGUAUCAAAUGUGCCGACCCGGUUUGCGAAUCUGGAGAUGGUGUAGACUUAUGCCCGACCUGUUUCUGUGCAGGCAAAGAAUUUGCAGGUCAUAAACGUGGACAUCCGUACCGGGUCAUCGAAAUCAGUUCACAGCCUAUCUUCUCUGAGGACUGGGGCGCAGACGAGGAGCUUUUGCUUGUUAAAGGCAUUGCCACUCAUGGUUUCGGCAACUGGAAGAAAAUUGCUGAAACCGUUCGGACUCAUACAAAGGAAGAAUGUGCUGCCCACUACAACGAAGUUUAUAUCAAUUCACAAAGCUGGCCAUUACCACCGAUGGAUCGAACAUUUGACAUAGACCCCGCAGAUUUCCAAGAUAGGAAACGACGUCGUAUAACAGAGAUGAACGCUGCACCUUUGCCUCCAUUGAAGCCUACUCCAGUAUCUCUUCCUGGGAUACACGAAAUUACUGGAUUUUUCCCUGGUCGGCUGGAAUUUGAACACGAGAUUGACCAUGAAGCAGAAGAUCUAGUCAAGGACUUGGAGUUCGGUGUGGUCAUGCAGUAUGGGGGUGAUCAAAUCCCUGAGGAUGAAAACGACCUAGACGUCAAGGCACGUCUACGAUGGGAAGAUGAAAGAAGGAACGGCGGAACAUCCGGGAAGAAAGGUGUAUUCGCUGGAAAAAGUGCAGGAAAAGGUCUCUCAAACGGCAUCGUGAAUGGUUAUCAUUCCUCGCCUCCUUUAGUACCGAAAGAAGUAACAGCUCCUUCAAAUUCUGGUAAUGAAGAAGGGAAUGAAGAAGAUGUCGAGGAAUUAACGCAACCACCGCCUAUUGAAACCGAAGACUCCUUGGCGUUCAAGUUUACAUUAAUGGAGAUGUACUUCCAGCGCAUUGAGAAACGAUUGGAGUCCAAAUCCAUCAUAUACGAUCGCGGACUGCUCGAAUAUAAAAAGAUCCAAGCUUCCGAGAAGAAACGACCGCGUGAAGAAAGGGAAAUUAUCCAUCGAUUUCGACCGUUUGCUCGACUUGGGACAGCUGCUGACUAUGAAGCUUUCACUGCUGAUAUCUUGUAUGAGGCUUUGCUGAGGAAAAGGAUCAAAGAACUUCAAGACCAGCGACGCCUGGGCUUGCAGACUGCUGGAGACGUUGAAAAAUUCGAAAUUGAUUGUACCAGACGUCGUCGAGCAAGUCUUACUUUACAUGGUGAUGAUGGUAGAAAGAGUCACGAUAGAGAAGCCACGCCCUUGGUAGGCAACACAACUGCACCCGUCGUACGUCGACCUCCACCACCCCUCAAUCUGGCCAAUAGCCCAUCGCUGCAUUUACUUACUCAAGGAGAACAGACACUUUGUUCCCAACUUAGGAUACUUCCAAAACCGUAUCUCGUCAUUAAGGAAACCCUUGUGCGAGAGUACGCACGUCGUGGCGGUAAGCUGCGUAGGCGUGAAGCGCGGGAUCUUGUCAAGGUCGAUGUGAACAAAACAAGUCGCGUAUGGGAUUUUUUGGUGCAAGCUGGUUUUCUCAAAAUAACACCUGAUGUUGACCCUUCAACAUCCACUCCUUCUACCAGGUAA